CUGUCAAAUAAAUAAGUAUAAUCUUUAAAAAAAUUGUAAAAAAUUAAAAAACGCGGUGUGUUGCAAAGAGUUUGCUGACUUGGGAAUGAGAUUGAUGGGUGUGAUAGGUGUGAAAGGCCACUGAGAGCAGUCAGGAAUAGCUUCCUCCUUGCCCCGCCUCUUCCAGGAACCAGUCGUGCCACACCCCCAGGGUCCAUUUCUCUCUCCUGCCGGAAAGGCUCGCCUGGGAUCCUAACACAUUUUGCUUAGAAAUCAGAAGAGAUAGUUUGUGGCUUGUAAUCCGAAACCUUCAAUGUUGCCAUGGCAGCCACUGUCCUGUUUGACUCAAAAAUCCUUCUAAUUAGUCUAGAUAAUAUAUUCCCCAUUCUCACAGUUGGAAAAAACUUUGUUUUUAACCCGUCACUUUACGAAUCGGGAAAUCUGGCCUGUUCCUGGGGUUGAGGUAGCCGAGCUCCUGGCUGUGUCUGUUGGUAGGCCAGCCUUUUUCUAGCCAGACAGAAACAAACCUUGACUUUGACGCUGGCUGGUUCCUGCCCUUCUCUCCUAAGGGGCCAUCCGCCCUGGGGUGUUAACUCUCAGAGCACCAGAAGGUUGAAUUAAUUGCCCCUCCCAGUCUGGGGGCUUCUUAGGAUCAGAGUCUGGCUUCGUGCCUUGUGGGCUCCCAUAUGCUUUGAGCUAGAUGUUUUCCGUCCCUGUCCAAAUCUGCCCCCCUGGUCAUGGUCUGAUAAUUUAAUGUUCUUUGUAUGACCCAGAGUUCGAGCAUAAGACAGCAGCUUCCUGGAUGGAAAUUGCUAGUAGUGGGGCCCAUUUCUUCCUGAGUCCAAGAUCCUAACACAACCAACCCAGCAGCAGUGCCUUAGACGUUCACAAGAAAAGGCUGUAGAGAAGGGGGGGGCCCUUCAAGAUGAAGCGGCUUAGCCGUGGGAUGACCUGGGAGAUCCGACAGCGGUAUUUCACGGCGUAAAUGCGGCGAAUCCACGCGCCUCGGCCUCGUGUGCGCGCCCUGAGGACGUGUGUCGGCGCGCGGGCCCGCAGCCCUGAGCCCUCACGGAAACCCGCGCCCUGCAGGUUGGUCAAUACGGAGAAACCGUCUUGCCCUUUGGUGUCUGCCCCGUCUGUGACCGUCUUGGUUCAUCCGCGGAGGAAGUUCUCUGUCCCCCUCCGCCCGCCGUGCCCGGGACGGGAAGGGCCGCGUGGACGGCAGCCGCAGUGUCGGCGACGGGCGGUCAUGCCUGUGCUGCCCGCGGCAGAGUCCUGGGCGCCCGCCCCGGCCGGCCAGUGCGGGUCACUCACGGUGCUCCCGGACGGGGCGACCAGCAGACACACCGCGCGCGGGGUCCCCCGGCUUGCUCGGCGCGCGCUGCCCGAGAGGAGCGGCCGCCGGCCCCCGUCAGGCGGGUUUUCUUCCAGGCCGGAGGCUCGGCCGGACCCCUCGGGAGCCUGCGACCGGAGCCGCCGUGAGGACCUCAGCACUUCUCUCUGUCCCCCGGGGUCCCAAGUGCUUCCCUGCAUGCGUGUCAUCCUCUUCUCGGAUCGGCUUCAGAGGAGAACAGAGUCUGUCAGAGGCUCCCCUGAGUGGGACGUCCGCCGGGUCCACGCUGACGACUCUCGGCCGCCUGAUAGCCGCCUCCAUCCGGGUCCUCGGAGGCUGCGGUGGCGCAUGCGCAGCGCCCUUGGCGGCCGGGCCGGAGGAGCCGUCGGACCUCGACGUCUCGGUGCCCGCGUGCUGUGGCGGGCGGGGGGCACCGCCGGGGAGGGGCGGGCGCAGGCCGCGAAGGCUCGUCUUUGAGAAGGGACUGUUGUGCGUGCGGCGACUCCAGCGCGUCGCCUAGGCCGACCGCUGCCUGCUCCGCCACGCGCUGUCCCCGGCGUCUUCCAUCCGCCGCGCGUGUCGGCACCGCCGCGUUUCCGAGGCCGCUGCUGCGGCGUUGCCCGCGCGCACCCCGCGUCGUCUGCGGCUACCCCGGGCGGCGGCGCGUGGCUUCCCGCGUGUAACUAGUCAGCGCGGAGGCCCUGGGUGCAGGGUGCGCGCACCUUCUGGAAUCCCUGCGUUCGCGCCCUGAGGGGAAGGGCAGGCCCGGGCGAGGCGGUGUUUUACGGCUUGGAGGGUCUGCGG